GCGGCCGGGCCGGGCUGGCGCUUCAGGCACGCUGGCCCGCGGGGCGCUCCCGAGGCUCCUGUGUGUGGGCAGCGCGGCCGGUCUCCGGGCGGCCCGCGGCUGGCGGCGCUGCCUCGCGUCUCACGCUCGGCUCCUCCGGCGGCCGUCCCGGCCGCGGGAGUUGGCGACGGGAUGUGCUCGGCCGGGGAUCUGCUCGGUGGCGGCGGCGGCGGCGGCGGCGGCGGCGGCGGCGGUGGGGAGCGCGACGAGGACCGGGACGCGCUGGCGGAGCGGCCGGCGGCGGGGACAGAGCCGGAGCCCGGGGCGAGCCCGCGGCGACGCGGGCAGCGGCCGCUGGAGGAGCGCGAGCAGGAUUUUGAAGAAUCACAAAACCACACUGGCGAGCCUGUUGGAGAUGACUACAAAAAGUUGGGAACACUUUUUGGUGAAUUGAACAAAAGCCUCAUCGACAUGGGCUUCACAAGGAUGUAUUUUGGAGAAAGAAUUGUGGAACCAGUAAUAGUCAUUUUCUUUUGGAUUAUGCUGUGGUUCCUUGGCCUACAAGCUCUUGGAUUAGUUGCUGUUCUUUGCCUUGUCAUUAUUUAUGUGCAACAGUAAAAUAUGGCCGAAUAAGCUGUUGUUUGACAUCUGGUAGCCAUAUAUGUGAUUAGUGAAGUUAUAUAUUUCACUACAUGGAAGCCGAGAAGUUUGCCUUGUUUCAAAUUGUGUGCUGUUUUGUAAUUUGUAAGUGGAUGUUGUUUAAAGUUAAACUCAACUCUUGAUUAUAACAGGGUUGAAAAUAUAUUUUGUAGCUUAUUCAAGUCUUUACUACUGUGAUCUGUGCCCACUUUUAAACACCCCUCCCUUAUUCCCAUGCCAAAUCUUAACACCACCAAAAAGUGAGCAGGGAAAAUAGCGGGAUAUGGAAUUCAAACUGGGCAAUAUAGGUCUUGAAAGAAUUCCAAAAAACAUUUUAGAAGAAAAAAGGAUGAAACAAGGAGCUAAAAAAUAAGUUUUAAUGGGAGAAUUGCCCCCAACCACACCCACCAAAUAACCCCUUAUUAUGAGAAAUAAUUUGGAUGUCCAUUGUUCCUGCUCAGCCAAACCAAUAUAAAUGGUGAUUAUGAUACACUACCUUAAUAUUGUGAUGAAAAUCAGUAAAGCUAGCACAUUUUCUGAAGAUUGAAAAGGAUAUAUUUAUUAUCACUGAUGAAAAGUAUAUGUAACUUUUUUAUAAUGCAAUAUUUGGGCCUCAAAUCACUUCAGUACAUCAUUUGAAGUUUUAGACAAUUUUGGUGCUAAUUACCUUUUGUGAAUUUUUUAGGUCUCAUAAGCCUGUCUAUUGCUGGCUGCACCCCAUGGUAAUGCUAUAUUUUCUUGUAUCUAACAAGUUAUGUAUUUUUUUUCUAGAGAAACAUUUUCCAUGUAUUUUUUCCAGAAAUUUACAUUUUAUAGUUCUUUUAUAACAAUUAUCCUAAGAUUUAAAAAAAAAAUCUCUUUCCUAUCUUGGCAUGGAUAUUUCCCCCCAAAAAAUUGAUUUGUAUUAUGGCUGAAAUAUUUUACUAUGCCUUUAAGGAAAAAAAAUCAUUUUCUUUCACAUCUCUAUUGGAAAGUACAGUACUACGGUAUAUAACCAAAUGCUUAAUGAAAUUUAACAGCCAAUGUAAUAGUAUUCCUCUAAGGCUAAAGCCAAAUCAUUAAUUUACCAGUCAUGUUAUUAAUUUGUCUUAAUUCAGCACUUUGGGGUUUUAUAUUUCUUUGAAUACACUUUAAAAGUAGAAAAUGGCUUAGUGAUAUUUUGGAUUUUGUUAAAGAGCCUAAAAUCUGUACACUUGUGUCUCAGAGUCCUUCUAUAUAGACAAAGGAGGAGUAUUAAAGAUAAUUAUCUAGAAAUUCAAGUUAUAAGAGGGAAAUGGGACAAUUCGGUAUUUUUAUCUUUGGUAGCGCAGUUACUAAAGUAUAUGAAGUGUUUAAUAUUCUGCUUUGAAAAGUUUUUACCCAAUCCUGUUUUAAAAAUUUAUAUGUUCUCAGUGUCUUCCAUGCUGAGGCAGAAAACUGAUGAAAAAUGUUCAACUUAAAUUUCUAAAAUCAGAUAACCCCUGAACAAAAAUACCAAUUGAAGGGCACUAAAAAGUAUUGUGAAUUUGUAUAAAUACAGACCUUUUAAAGUUUGACAAAAGAGAAAGACUUUGUACUAUAUCAUUGUGUUUUUAUUGGGUUUGAAAUAUUUUGAUAGAAACCUUUAUGAAUUUGGCAUAAGGGCAAGCUAUUUGAAAAGGUGUCUUCAUUCGUGCACAGUAGAAUUGAGAGGUUUUUAAUAGAAGUAAUGAGAUUUUAUAUAUCUGCAUUAAAUAUUAAAAAGUGCACUCUUUUCCAAUGCUACCAAGAAUUUUAAUUUUUCCUUUGGAAUAUAAAAAAGAUACAGUAUGCAUAAUAAUAGCUCUGAUUCCACCAGUGCUAAUAUUGAAAAAAGAUGUUUAAGUUUGAAUAGUAAUGACUUAAAGUAUACUGUCAAUACUAUGUAUCUGCACUCUGCUGUUAAUAGGGUAUAUAUUAAAUCACAUAAAGAAAUGA